CUUUCCGCGUGGGCAUCCGCGCUGCAAUGUUGCGCCUUAUCCGCGCCGGGGCGCGGGCCUGGCUCCAGCCCUCGGGCUGCCGGGGCCUGAACGUGCUGGGGGAAGAGGCGCUGCGGCCGGAGGAGAAGGCACAGCCCGCGGCGAGCCCGGGUCCCCUGGCGCCCCUGUUGCGCAAGUGCGAGCUCCCGGUACCCGCACACCGGCGUCCCGUGCAGGCCUGGGUCGAGUCCCUGCGGGGCUUCGAGCUGGAGCGCGUGGGCUUGGCGGAGCUGCACCCCGACGUUUUCUCCUCCGCGCCCAGGCUGGAUACCGUAUACCAGGUUGCCAUCUGGCAGAAAAACUUCAAGAGAAUUAGUUACGCUAAGACCAAGACUAGAGCUGAGGUGCGGGGUGGUGGCCGGAAGCCCUGGCAGCAAAAAGGCAGUGGACGUGCGAGGCAUGGCAGCAUCCGCUCCCCAAUCUGGCGAGGAGGAGGCAUUGCCCACGGCCCUCGGGGCCCCACGAGCUACUACUACAUGCUGCCCAUGAAGGUGCGAGUGCAGGGCCUCAAGGCGGUACUGACCAUUAAACUCUUCCAGGAUGACCUGCAUGUCGUGGACUCCCUGGAGCUGCCAACUGCAGAUCCCCAGUACCUGACAGAACUGGCCCGUUACCGCCGCUGGGGGGACUCUGUGCUCCUUGUUGACUUAACGCAUGAGGACAUGCCACAGAAUGCUGUUUCAGCCACCUCUGGGCUCAAGACUUUCAACUUGGUACCAGCUAUUGGUCUGAACGUGCACAGCAUGCUCAAGCACCAGACCCUGGUUCUGACCCUGCGCACAGUCGCCUUCCUGGAGGAGAAGCUGCUCUGGCAAGACUCACGCUACACGCCCCUGUACCCGUUCCGCCUGCCCUACCGUGACUUCCCCUGAACCCUGGCCCCGGGUGCCUCUGGGCACGUCGGCUGCUCUUCUUCCUGCACUGUACUCCAUGCCAAGCACCUGCUCUGAGCCAGGCCAAGCCCCUGACUGACUUGGGUUCCUGAAGCCCACCCUUUGAGAGUGGCACUGCCAGGACCCCCUCAUCGGACAUACAGAGUGGCUGAGCGGGCAUCAUUCCUGGAAAGAGACAGUUGAGCAGAGAUUACCUCAUUCUUGUCCCAGUUCACCUUUGUUUUUAAGAUAAAUUUUAUUUUUUAAUCAAAAUAAUCAGGAGAAACAGAACAAUUCCUGGCUAUUUUGUGAAUAAUUCCAUUUGGUGACUUGGGUUCAUUCCUUGGUGCUGGGCACUUCUGGGUGCCUCUCCACUCAAGGGGUGACUAUAAUGCUAUUUACAGAAAGAUCUUGAACCAGUUUCCCUAGGUUGACUCAGCCAACGCACACAGAGGAGUGUAGGCGCCAGUGAUCGCUAGGAGCCCCUUCCUGGCGCCUGUCUGCUCCUGGUAACUUGUCCUAUUCAGGGUGUGUGUUUCCACUUGUUAAGAUCAUCCAGAAGCAAUGUGCAGACCUGAAAUUGCAUCAUAAUCUCCCGUAAGCAGAGUUAGAAAAGCAAAUAUGUCAGUAAAUGAGCAAAUAUUUUUUAAAACACCACCCCGCUAUUCUAGUUCUUGAGUUGCCUAAGGUUGUUUGUCCCCGAAGUUAAUUUUCACUAGUCUUAGCACAAAGAUAAUAUGGUGAGUUUAUUUAAAGUGGCCAGGAUUGCUGUGGGAGUUUGUGAGCCCAACUGGCUGGGCCUCUAUAGUGGUUGCCCAUUGGUUGGGCCGCCUCUCAAUGAAAAACAUCCUUGGAAUGCCUCUUGCUUGAGAGUGUCUUCUAAGCUCAGAACGCAUUCUCUGAAAAUCCUCAGUGGACAUAAACUUUGAUUUAAUGAAGUUAAGAAAUGGCCAUUGGGAGCCAGUAGUAAAGAGUACAGAGACUGAGCAGGAAAUGCAAUUGGAGCUGAAGCCACGCCUUGACUGACUUCUCACUGUGCCGCUCGCCAGCCUGUGUAAAACCUACCUCACCUGGUCUAGAGAAUCAUAGCUACAGGUAAUGGGGACCCCACUGGCUACAUCACAGCUGUCAAAAAAUCACAGCUGUGAGACCUGCCCAUGUGGAUAUUUUAAAGAAAUGGGUCAGAAUCUAUCUGUUGCCCUAUACUGGCAUCUGGUAGGCAGAUCAAAAAUGGAAGUAACCAGGGUUGGAAAGUGUGGACCUCUCGUGGGGUCCGGGACCUGGGGUCUGCCUGUGAAGGACAAACCAGAGGGAUGACUGCUAUGUCCAGCAUGCAGUGAGUCUUUAUUUCGCAGCGUGCUCUUUAUAUACUCCACAUUAUCAAGCUGUAACAAUAGAGUAUUGACUUAAUCUGUCUAGACAUUCUCAAGCAGUAACAAUAGAGUAUUGACUUAUUCUAACUCUGCAUCUGCUGCUCUAAUUCUUGGGACACCCUGCCCAGCCCCAGAUGGCCAAGCCCUUGCACACACCCAGGCACUUCUCUUGAUAUGCUCUUUUGCUAUCUUAGACAUGGCUGCUUGCUUGCAGGACCUAUUUUCUCACAUUCUUGGAGCUCAGACCUGGUACUUGAGAGCAUUCCCCCAAGGCAUAUGUUUUCACAGGCCUUUCGGUAUCCAAGUCCAGAUGCCAGUCAAGGUCAUGCAAGAGCUCUGCCAACGUUUCCCCCUUUUCUGUUUAUUAACUCCAUUAGCAGUCGGGAGGUGUCAAAGGCUCAGCCAGUCCGGCAUCAGAGACAGGCAUAUCCUAUAGCAAAAAGAACAGAGCAAAUGAAAACAGCAAGUCCGCUACCAACACUAGGCGUAAGACUGAACCAUUGAACGAGGAUCCAAACCCUGCAGUGCAUCAGCAAUAUUUUGAGCCAAAUCAUCCGAUGAUGACUGGGGUAGUUGUUGUGAAAAAUAUUGUUAUCAUCUGAUCUUGUAAUGUUUGUACAACCAAGGAUAAGUUACCUUGUGCAUAGUUGACAUUAUACUGAAUUUGGGACCAUUGGGUGGAUACAUUAUGAAACUGAACAGAAGUUACACAAGUUACACAAGCUCACAUUCCACUCAAUGAAGCAUGAUUUGUUUUUGUAAUUCCACAAACUGAUCAUCCAGCCAUCGAAAAACCUGUUGCAGUUCUCCAGCCUUUUCUUCCAAUUCAUCAAGGUGUACUGGUUGCCAUAAAAGGCAGGAAUUAUGGGACCAAUUUGAUAUAAAACAAAAUCAUGAGUGUAGGGCAAAAUGAACAGCUUGUCCUGCCACUGCUGCAGUGGUUGUGGUAGCGAUUAGUCCCAGUAUAGCAACUAUUAGCCAUCCGAUAAAGCGUUUUGUGUGAUGUGUCAGAUGUCCAACAUCCCGAAGUAAAGUUCCAGCAGUAGGAGAUUUCUCCCAAGUUCUUGUAAGAUUGACAGGCAGCCAUAUAUGAGUAUGAACACAUAAAACAACAAUAGAUUGAGAAGAGUAGUUUACAUACACGGAGGAGUUAAGACUACAAACGACAAUCACAACAGGAUAUUGUUCAUAAUGAAUGAUUAUUAAAAGAUAAUGUGUUAACUGAUGCAUACAGUAUUCUAACACAAGCUUGAAUAUAAAAAGAUGCAUUAUGUAUAAAAUGACAAUGAAACAUGGACUGUGAGGUGCCUGAAAAAUUUCCUUUCCAUGAUUGAAGAUCAUGAGCUGCAGCAUGAAGUUUCCACAAGUCGCACUGUUCUGGACCCCACCAGUCUUCUGGGGUCUUAGCAGUCCUCCUGUUGGUAUUGCUGGAAGUUGUAGCCUCGAUAUCUGGAGACGGGGGUGGAGUCCACAAAACCUGUAUCUGUAGAGUGUUUUCAGGACAUCCUUUCCCCCCUUUUGAUUUUAUACCACCAUAUCUAUGGUGGCACAGAUUGUAGGGUAUAGUCUUAAGAGACAGUCUUUCUGAGGUUUUUAGUGUAUGCAAAAGAAGCAUCAGUUGGUUACCAGCAGUGUCCAUGAAUGUAUAGUAUAACAAUUACUACUGAAAAAUAGUCUACUAGUACAUGUGAAAAGAAAAAAAAGACUUGGUUUAAAAAACAUACACACACACACACACACACACAUAUAUAUAAC